UCCCAAUUCGCAACUUCUUCAAACUCAACCAACAAACAACUCAACUCCCUCCCUCUUUUUCUCUCUCCUCAAAAUACCAAACAACCCUUAAUUCUUCUUCUUCAUCUUCAUUUUCCAAUCAUAAAACACAAAAAAUGAUGGGAAUUAAUAAAAAUAUGAUUAAUAUUAUUAUGGUAAUUAUGUUGGGUUACAUAUGUUUAUCAAUAAUUUCCCCUGUUUCUGCAAAUGUUUGGUAUGAUAAUAAAGCCAUUACUAUUAAUAAACAGAGGAGGAUUCUCCUCUCUGGUUCUAUUCACUAUCCCCGAAGUACCCCCGAGAUGUGGCCUGAUCUUUUACAAAAAGCAAAAGAAAAUGGAUUGGAUGUAAUUCAAACUUACGUUUUCUGGAAUGGGCAUGAGCCUUCUCCUGGCAAGUUUAAUUUUGAAGGAAGAUAUGAUUUGGUAAAGUUCAUUAAAUUAAUACAGCAAGCUGGACUUUACGUUCAUCUAAGGAUUGGACCCUUUGUUUGCGCUGAAUGGAACUUUGGGGGAUUUCCUGUGUGGCUCAAGUAUGUGCCUGGUAUUGAAUUCAGAACUGACAAUGGGCCUUUCAAAGAAAAAAUGCAAGAAUUUACAGCCAAGAUUGUCAACAUGAUGAAGGCAGAAAAGCUCUUCCACUGGCAAGGAGGUCCAAUUAUAUUGUCUCAGAUAGAAAAUGAGUAUGGACCAGUAGAAUGGGAAAUAGGUGCUCCUGGUAAAGCCUACACAAACUGGGCUGCCAAAAUGGCUGAGGGCCUUAAUGCUGGGGUACCUUGGAUCAUGUGCAAGCAAGAUGAUGCCCCUGGUGAUGUUAUUAACACCUGCAAUGGUUUCUACUGCGAAAAUUUUGAGCCCAACUCCAAGUCUAAACCCAAGAUGUGGACAGAAAAUUGGACUGGCUGGUACACAAAAUUUGGUGGAGCUGUUCCUUACAGACCUGCAGAAGAUGUUGCCUUUUCAGUUGCAAGAUUCAUACAGAAUGGUGGUUCAUUUGUUAACUAUUACAUGUUUCAUGGAGGAACAAACUUCGGAAACACUGCUGGUCGCUUUGUUGCUACGAGCUAUGACUAUGAUGCUCCACUUGAUGAAUAUGGUUUACGAAGGGAACCAAAAUUUACUCACCUGAAAAAUCUGCACAAAGCAAUCAAAAUGUGUGAGCCUGCCUUAGUUUCUGCAGAUGCAAGAGUGACCAAGCUUGGAAAAAACCAAGAGGCUCAUGUGUACAGUUCAAAUUCAGGGAGUUGUGCAGCUUUCUUGGCAAAUUAUGACACUCAAUGGAGUGUGAAAGUUACCUUCAGUGGUACUCAAUAUGAGCUGCCUCCAUGGUCCAUUAGCAUCCUACCAGGUUGCAAGAAAGAAGUUUACAACACUGCAAGGGUUUCAGCUCCGCGCUACCAUGCAAAGAUGACACCAGUUAAUGGUUUCUCAUGGCAAUCCUACAUUGAUGAAACUCCAUCAGAUGAUGAUGACAGUACUUUCUCAGGUUCAGGGUUAUAUGAACAAUUGAAUGUCACUAGAGAUAACUCUGACUACUUGUGGUACAUGACAGAUGUCACCGUGAAAAGCUCAGAAGAACCAAUUCUUACAAUAAUGUCAGCAGGACAUACAUUACAUGUGUUUGUUAAUGGCCAGUUUCAAGGCACUGCUUAUGGCUCAUUGGAGACACCACAGUUGACAUUCAGCAAGAAGGUGCAGUUAAGGGCUGGUAUGAACAAGAUUUCAUUACUAAGUGCUGCAGUUGGACUCGCGAAUGUUGGUGUACACUUUGAAAAGUACAAUCAAGGUGUUCUUGGUCCGAUUACAUUAAAGGGUCUGCGCGAAGGAACAUGGGACUUGACAAGGUCAAAAUGGUCUUACAAGGUAGGAAUGAAAGGUGAAAAUCUUGGUCUACAUACUAUCAGUGGCAGUUCUUCCGUGGAGUGGGAACAAUCAGCAGCCGUGCAAAAGCAGCCAUUGACAUGGUAUAAGACAACUUUCAGUACACCAGCAGGAAAUGAUCCACUGGCAUUAGAUAUGAGCAGCAUGGGAAAGGGGCAAAUGUGGAUCAAUGGUGAAAGCAUAGGCCGUCAUUGGCCUGCAAACAAAGCGAGUGGCAAAUGUGGGCAGUGCAAUUAUGCUGGAACUUUCACUGAGACUAAAUGUCUAGGCCAAUGUGGACAACCCUCACAAAGAUGGUACCAUGUUCCACGCUCAUGGUUGAGACCGAGUGGUAAUCUUCUGGUUGUUUUCGAAGAGAUGGGAGGUAAUCCGAGGGGAAUUUCAUUGGUAAAAAGAACAGAUAUGUAAGUGCAAAGUCAAAACCUGCAGUUGAAAUACAGUAUAUGAUAGCUGAAUUGGUUCUGUUUCUGGUAUAUAUGAUAAGCACCCUUUGCUGAGGAGCUUUUAAGAGGUGAAUAUAUGCUGCUAUAUAUUACUCUAUGAAAAUCCUGCCAAGAAAACUUGCAACAAAGUUGUGGUUUGUACAUAAAAUACGCGACGAUUUAGAGAUAUAUACAUCUUUCUGAAUGCAAGAAAUUACAACAGAAAACUGUAAACUUUAGGGGCUAGAAAUUGUUGCAGACAUGAUAUGCUCUGAAGUCGACAUUCUCCCUCAUUUGUAUAUUCUACCUAUGCUCAUAUCAUUUGUAAACUCUGUAAGAAAAUCAAUCAAAUAUGAAAUGCAUAUUAUUAGCACUGUUAUUUUCA